AUGAGAAGUCCAGUUGGUGCAAAAGUCCAGAAGAGAGCAGAGCAUCAAGGAAGGAUCCUGAGGAGUCCUCUCCUUAGUGAAAACACAGAGAACUGCAGCCACCUUCACAGCCACCAUGGGAGUUCCCAUGACUCUAGUGGCUGGUGGCUAGGACUGCGGUUUGCAAAUGAGUGCCUGCAGUGUGUAAAAGGCUGGAGAUCUCCAAGUGCACAGGGGAGGCUGGAUGCUGAGAGCUCCAACUGCACAUGGGCACUGGGAUCCAGGUUGCUUUCUGUCCCCAUUGCCCACACAAAUGGCGGCUGCCUCUGUGCUGCUCAGCUUUCCCUCUGCAAGUGCUUAUGCACUAGUGUAUGUGACUCCCUCUUAGGGCACAGUUCCCCAAAAGGAUCCUUCCUUAUAAUGUUUCUUGUUGUGUAUGAUAUCAGGGAUGAACAUCUGGUGCUGAACAACCUAGCCUGGGGGAUAUCUCCUCUCCAGUCCCCACUAGAGAAUGCUGGUGCUGAUCGGGUCAGGGAGAAUCUGGGUCAGCUGAGCUGUCACUUCACGUGGACGCUGCUAUUUGAAGACAUUGACAUACCUGAUUUGGAAAGGAGAAUCUUAGAGCAGGUCGAGUUCCUAGACGUCAUGAGCACAGUGGGGAUGCACAACCUCCUGGCCUAUGUGAGACACCUGAAAGGCCAGGAUGAGGAAGCCCUGCAGAGCCUGAAAGAAGCAGAAGCCUUAGCCCAGAGAGAGCAGUUGGGCAAGAGAAGCCUGGUGACCUGGGGCAACUGUGCCUGGGUGCAUUACCACAUGGGCAGCUUGGCAGAAGCCCAGAGCUACCUGGACAAGGUGGAGAAUACUUGCAAGGAAUUUGCAAGUCUCUUCCGCUACAGGAUGGAGUGUGCCGAGAUGCACUGUGAGGAAGGCUGGGCCUUGCUGAAGUGUGGAGGACAGAAUUAUAGACGAGCCAUGGCCUGCUUUGCAAAAGCUCUGGAAACUGAGCCUGAAAACCCCGAAUACAACACUGGCUAUGCCGUCGCUGCCUAUCGUGAAGACUUCGAUGACAAUUAUAUUUCUCUGGAACCCCUGAGGAAGGCUGUCAGGUUAAAUCCAGCAGAUCCAUAUAUUAAAGUUUAUCUUGCCCUGAAACUUCAGGGCGUAGGAGAAACAGAUGAAGCAGAAAGACAUAUUGAAGAAGCCCUCAGCAGCACAUCCUGUCAAACCUAUGUCUUUCGACAUGCUGCCAAGUAUUACUUAAAGAAAGACUGCAUAGACAAAGCUCUCGAACUUCUAUAUAUGGCCUUGCAGACAUCACCUGAGUCUUCCUACCUGCAUUUCCAAAUAGGGCUCUGUUACAGGCAAAAAAUGAUCCAAAUGAAGAUGUCCAGAAGCAGACAGACCCAAAGGCAGGGCAGCAUGCAGGAAAUGGCACAACGGGCCAUUUCUGAAUUUCAGAAGACUGUGGAACUGAAGCCCACGUAUGAUGCAGCUUACGUUUGCAUGGCUGAAGCGCAGGCAGAAAUUGGCCAAUGUGAAGAAGCUGAGGCAAAUUUCCAGAUAGCGCUGAACAUGAAGAACCUUAGGGGGCACAUAGAGCAGGACAUUCAUUUUCACUAUGGCCGUUACCAGCUAUUUCAUCAAAAAUCAGAGGACAAGGCGAUCACCCACUACUUAAAAGGUCUAAAAAUAGAAGAAAUGUCCUAUGCCCGGAGGAAACUACUCAUAGCUUUGGAGAAAGUGGCUGAAAGACGGGUUCAGCAGAAUGUUCAGCCUGUGGAGAGCAACAGCCUCCUUGGGUUAGUCCACAAGCUGAAAGGGAACAUGCAUGAAGCCCUGCUGUACUACGAGAGGGCUCUGAGGCUCACUGGGGAGAUUAACCCUGAAUUCUGA